AAUGGUUAGAAAGAAGAAGACAGCAACUGAUUUGUACUCAGGAGGGUCUCCUCUAAGGCCCGUACCUAAUGGAACGAUAACUGGUAUAACUUGUUCUUUAACUGCUGAAGAUGAAAUUAUUGCAGAAAUUGGAAAUGAUGUUGAACAAAACAAAUGUUUAACUGUAAAGUCUGGAUUUUUAGUUAUCAGAUCAAAUAUGCAAAUUUAA